UCGGGCUCGAGAUUCCAAUAGUACUUUCAGAUUUGUUUCCCGUUUCCGUUGAAAACAACAGUUCGAACAAAAAAGGCAACAACAGGCCAAAGAGUUUAUUUCUGGCUGUUUUUUGGAAAUUAUUGUUGUCACAGACAAAAGAACGAGAAAGGUGGGAUGAAAAUGACCAGAAUGUCAUGGAAGCAUCAUUGAACAAAUAUGGAAAAAAGCAGCAAAAGGAUCCACCAAUUGGCAUAUCUGGGAGAGCAUCAGCUGAUGACAAGGAAAGCUGUCACCACCCUCCCAUCCAAGACAUGACCAAGAUCUCCAGACCGAAACAUUCCUGCCAAAGACAUUCACACAAAGGGACCACUUCUACAAACUGCUCUUCUACUCAUUCCACUGCUGACUGCAGGUGCACAACAGACAGUUGUAGAUGCUCAGACCUCACUGCUGGACAGUGCCAUUGUCAUUGCAAUAGUUCAGAGGUAGCUCCCCACCCCACAAGUUUACCGCAAUGUAAGGUGCUCUCUGAAUCCAUUCCACCGCCGUCUUGCUCUUUAGAGAGUAAAGCCAUAAAUAGAAAAAACAUAAACAAACAUUCCAAAUGCAAAAUUUCACCGCCUUCAUCCUCAUCAUCACAUUUAGAAAACAUUCCCAGAUCUGAAAUUGAAUACUCAGCAUGUAAAGACGGCUGUUUAAUCAGUGCCAGAAAGGAAAUACCUCAAAUAGUGCUCCAGAGAGAGUCGUCGUGUGGCGACUCCUCAGACAGUUCCAAUGUUGUGGAUGUUUUGUAUGGUGCUAACGUGGAACUCUUUAAAAAUGCCAAAGUUCUCUCUGACCAUCGAUUUAGGGGUAAAGACGAUAGUUUUGUGAGUCCCUCUCUGAAAGUAGAUACAUGUACUGACUUUGCGUUGCACCCUUUACUCAGUCCAAGAAGCAGUAACGGCAGUAUCUGUAGCGUUCGAUCCAGCAACGCCGAUUCAGCGGUAGACAUCUUGACCCCCGACGAGGAGCUCUACUCUGUGGGGGAUGUUCAAAUCCCUGCUGAUUCAGUGGAUUGGUUCACUUCCUCUAGUGACUCCCCCGAAAGAGACACCACAAUCAGUCUGGCUGAGGCGGUGCUACCCAUUCCCGCUGUGGUCAUCAGUGACCACAGUGAACCGCUGGAGGACACCACGGAGGACAGCUACUGUCUAGACAGUGGAACAGAAUGCCGCCUGACUCUACGCAGGAACGCCUCCAACAGCUCCCUCUGUUCUAACGAUUCCUCGCUGAGUUCUUCACCUGCCUUGUCUAGGACAGAGUCUAAUGUAUCUCUCACAGAGACCGACGAAGAAAUUCCAGUUGAAACGAAACCUAAGGUGAGAUUAUAUAAUGAUGUCUUUUUUUACAGACUUUAGAUAGCAUCAGAAUUGUGGCUUUCCUGAGAAAAAUUAAG